UCACCAACAAUGCUGGAGAACUUGAGCGGACACCACAUUGAUCGACCUGCCCCUAGAUCAUCCACAAUCAUCUUCUCUGCACUGUUCACUCUGCCACACUAUCUUCACAUGGAUGGGAGCAGUCAUCCGUUCAGGAGUGAGCACGGGGAGAGCGGCAUAAAAGUCAGCCAGAGGGCCUCCAUGGGAGAGAGGAGUGACAUGAGAGUUACUAUGCUGUGUCAUUAAGCUGGCUGUUUAAAGAGUGCUCCUUGCACGUUGCUAUUGUUAUUGUGAUUGUUAUUGUUAGUAAUAAAGACCCUCACCUUUGAGCCACUGCGUCAAGUGUCAUCCCUUGGAGGAGAUCUUUACAACGUGAAAGACAGAUUUUUCAUUUUCUGUAAAAAAUCUGGGUGGUUGCUGAGGCAGUGCAGUUGCUAAGGCAUUCUUAGUGGUUGCUAGUUGGUUACUUACUGGCUGGCCCAAGUCAAAAUGGCUUUAUGAUGUUCUGGUACCUAAAUAUGGCUAAGGUCGUACCUUCGAUGUAAAUCUAUGGGAUUAUUUGCCAGGUGAAAUUCGUAAGUAAGAUUGCUAAAUUGUUUCAGAUCAACUUGAUCACACAGAAAAUUGACAUGUUGCUUCAGACAGUUCAUGUACCCUCUAAUGAACCCCAUUCAGCUGUAUUACUGAGAAGUGUCAUCCCCAUUAGACAACUUUGCAUCAAUUCAAGCAUGAAUACAUUUCCCUCUAGUGCUACUGAUAUUGUGUUGUGCAAGCAAUACGCAAGACCAGUUCUUAUCUCAUGGGAACCAGUAAAUAAUCACGUUCACAUAAACGAUUGUGAGCACGAUUCAGAGGAUACAUUUUCGCUGUAAAAUUUAAUUUUUUACUCCACUGACGGUUAGGUUUAGGGUUUGGGUUUAGGUUAGGGAGAAGGGUUAAUAAAAAAUGCAUUCCUGUUGACUAUAUUACAUAAUGUGCAACUAAAUAUACAACUCGCUUUUGGUGCCACUCUGAGGGCAUUUCACUCGUGCCAGUAUGCUCAACAACGUUCUAGCUUCGGCCACGGAGGGGGCAGUGAUUCGAAUUUCGCUAAGCACAGAACGAUUUGAGCAGCAAACCUUUUGACCUACUGUCACCGAAUUCACUCUGUGAUCAGUCUGUUGGAAAAUUAACAAGCAUCACCAAAAUGCACCAGGACAUGGACUCUGUUCCUUCAGAGAAUUAAGCCAUAUUCAGAACUGAAAGUUUAAAUGUCCAAAUGCUAACUCUUUUGGUGCUAUGCAAGCUAAUAUCUAAUAAUUACAAGCAUGUCAAAAACUGUUUUGAAGCAUAUCUCUUCUGAGAGUUUUGUUAUGAACGUAGAGCAGAAAGAAGCCUCUUCUUCAAUGACAUCUCAGUGCACUGUCAAUGCUCUGCUGUCCAACUUAUCACUUUUAGUUUAGAAAUCAGCUCAAACUGCACAAGAGGAGCAUGUCCUCUCUCCCCUGCAUUUGGGACUGUGAAAGAAAGAGAGGUUUUGUGUUGCAUAACUGGUUUAUCUUUGUGGGCGUGUGUGUGUGUGUUUAACAGAGAGAGAGAUAGAGUAAGGAUGGGAAUAUAACUUGGGAGGAAGGAAAUUGUUUUCUCAACAAUAAAAACGAUAGAGACCUCCCCAUUAACUACUCAUUCUGGCUGCAUCUCUGUUUUUUAUUUGGGAAUAUAAACCCCUCCCUUUCUCUCACACGUUGUUGCAGUUCUUGACUAACUGCAUGGUGUCUCUUAUUCCUCUGUUUAUUACCAUGAGGACUCUGUACCGGUUGAAGUUAGUGAGUUCUCCAAAUCUGAGUCAACUGGGGAAAAAUGAAAAGGCUUCAUUGGAAGAAAGAGGAUCAGGCCCUAACGCGAUAUGGAACAGCAUUCACAAUGCAGUUAUUGCUGUCUUCCAAAAGAAAGGGUUGGCAGACAACGAACUAUAUACACUCAAUGAGGGUGUGAGGCAACUAUUGAAAACAGAGCUGGGCUCAUUUUUCACAGAAUACCUUCAGAAUCAACUGUUAACUAAAGGCAUGGUCAUUUUACGGGACAAAAUAAGGUUUUAUGAAGGGCAAAAAUUAUUGGACUCUUUGGCCGAGACGUGGGAUUUCUUCUUUUGUGAUGUUCUCACUAUGCUUCAAGCCAUCUUUCACCCUGUUCAGGGGAAGGAGCCGUCAGUGCGUCAGCUGGCUCUGCUACACUUUCGAAACACCAUCACACUUAACAUGAAGCUGGAAGAGGCUCUGUCCAGACCACGAGCCCGUGUCCCCCCCUCCAUCAUCCAGAUGCUGUUGGUGUUACAGGGGGUUCAUGAAUCUAAAAGUGUGAGUGAAGAAUACCUGAAGUUGGAGUCUCUCAUUCAGAAGGUUGUGUCUCCAUACCUUGGCACACAGGGAUUACGUUCUCAUGAGUGCGGUGCCUCACAGUGCUCCUGUGUUAUUGAGAGGCGUUUGCAGUAUUGCUGGUCCAAGUCUGCAGACCUGCCCUCCAGUAACCCGGUAGUACGCUCCAAGAGUUACAACAUCCCCAUGCUGACCCCUGUGGCCGAGUAUGACUCUGAGGUCAGCUCUGUGGGUAGUGUAGGCAUCCGCCGUCACUCUGCUUGUGAUGUCACUUCCUGCUUAGAGCAGCAGGGCUAUUCUGCCCUGUCUGUUGGAAUGGAGACAAGCUCAACACCCCGGCUCUCCCUCGAUCAUGACAUCACCUUGUCUGGUGUGAUGCGAGGGCCAACUGGACAGCCCCCUCUCAUUUCACCUUCCGUCUUCAUCCACACCUCAGCUGGGUGUCUGCAUUCAUUGGACCCCCAGAUGGCUCCAUCUGAUCCGGACAAGGCCGUUUCCUCGCCCCCUAGCUGCUCAUCCAGUCCAGAGACAAUUGUGAUGCAGGGUUUGGACUCCCUGGAAUCCGAUCCUGAUGGAAUAUUCAUUGACUUUUCUCAUUGCCGCUCUGAUUCUUUCGGAACCAGCAGGAAAACUAGCUGAUGUAUCAACUGCUGUGAAGAAUUCAAUUUAAUUUAAAUUAAUUAAAAAUACAGCACUUUAAGUGAUGAUAAUGAGCUACCACUAUUUUACACUUUUAUCUGUGAACUUGUGAAGUAGCUAUGUAUGUAAGGCCAGGGCUCUUUUAUGGACAUAAAACUAAUGGGAAAGGACUCGAUUUAAAGCUUUUGGGAUUGCUUUCGUAAUGUUACAAACCUGUGGAUGUAUUUUUGAAUUUUUCUACAGUUUUUCAUAGACAAUAGUGAACAUAGACAUGGAUAGAAUGUCUCCCUUUUAUUUAAUACACAUUUUUACUCUCUCUCUCAAUUUAUGUUUAGGUUAGUGAUCAUGUGUUUUGUGUUGACAGUAGCACUAAAUGUAAGAAACACCUGUAGAAAACACUUUUAUUAUUGUCACUCAUGAUCUCAUGCACUUUUUAUUGUCUUAGGGCUUUAAAAACUAGAUAUAUUUAGUGCUUUCUUAAUCAUUGCCAACUUAACCUGCGCUCUUAAUUUGUGACAAUAACUAAUGCUAAUAACAAAACAAUUAGAACAUUGUACAUCCUGAACAUGCUGUGUUUGUUUGUGGAGCUUGUUGCUUUUUAAAUGUGAUUGUAAUGAGCUGCCACAGGGUUUGCUGAUUGAAGCUAAGAAUGUAAUAAAAUAUACCCAUAUUUAGUUAGUUGGAAAAAUAGUACAGAAAGAAGGUUUAAGAAUCCGUAUUUGAUGAAUAAGGAUGAUAUUCUAUUUGAAAUUGGGCAAUGUUUUCCACUAUUGUUGCAAACAAAAAUCUAAAUUUAUAUAAUCAAUUUAAAGAAGUAAAAAAAUAUUAAUACCUAGGUUAUGAUGAAGUGGAAAUAUUAUCUGGGGCUGCUUGUAGUAGGAUACCAACUAAGAGUUAUUUAAAUGGGUUAAAACCAUUGAACAUAAAUGUAUAUUUUACUCCAGGGUAUGUUCAUUAAAAAAGAAUGCAUAAGAUCCAUUGUAUGAAAAGGUAACAGGUACUUUAGGAGGUUUUUUAUUAUGACUUUUGUUUCUUAUUUCUAUGAAUGGAAUCUUUUUGACCUUGUUUAUAAAGCUAAUCUGUUUCUCUGUAGUUUUCUAGAGAGAAAUUCAGCAAGAUUUUUACACAAGCAACAUUUUAAGAAAUGUAUAAAAGGUUUACAGUGGUACUCUUUAAUACCUUGCACUGUCAUUUUUGAAGUGCGUGCUAUGUUUCAUACUGAAUUUGUUAUAAGCGUGUAUGUGUGCUGCUGUGAAAAACCUCAACAAGACCGAAU